ACUAUCUGUGAUCCAGGUGACCUUGUUAUAGUUUGCUCAGAUGGUCUUGCUGAUAACUUUGACCCUGUUAUUGCACAUUUGGCUGUGGAACAGUCUCCUCAUUUAGCCUUUGUCGAUGAUGACAUCGAGAGCGAGAUUGAUCUUGACAGCGACUUGUCCGAUCUCCCCGAAGCCAAAAGCGUAAAGGGUCUUGCCGAAAAGCGUGUCGCCCGAUAUGUAAACAGCUUGCCUCUCUCUUCCAAGACGCCUGAUGGCCUCCGUUUCGGUGCAAAGCGAUCCCAAAUAACCUGGACGCGAUCGUCACCACUUCCUCCUCCACCUAACCGGUCCAUCUGGCCACGACCUCCGCCACCUCCAAGAGCUCCGUCUCCUGCUUAUUAUAGCCCCAUUAUCGAUGUGAGUAGCCGUAUAAAGAAGUCUAGUACUCAGGAAAGAUUUUCUGGAGAGGUUUCCCAAUCAACUAGUAUCGCAACACUUUCUGACACUGCUGAGUCGGUUGACAUCAGCGCCCGCAGUCUCAACUUCACUGAUCGACUCGAGCUAACCUGGUCCGAACGUCGUCGCUACGCGGCCAAGGAGAUGGAGCGUGUCUGGCACGAAGUCGAUUCUGACUCGCGGUAUCCCGGUGCAGUAAGUGCACAUGAAUACGCUGAGGCAUUGCUAGGACACGUGUUUCGAGUCACUGCGGCUCGGCGACAGCUUCUGGAGGCUCCUGACAAUGCAUGCCUCAAGGCCGCAACCCAGACGCUAGCUUCGGCUAGUAGGCAGCGCGAAGUGGCCUCGCCGGCAGUUAAAGUGUCCUCUGGAGGCGAGACUACUUCGUCUAAAUCCCAUUUACGCCCAUCGUCACUUGGGUUGAAACCGACGCUUUAUAGUCCCAAGGAGCUGGCCGUCAGACAGGCCUUGCUGGCGGACUCAUUGGCCCGCCUACCUGGAAAACUGGACCACGCCACUGUUGUUGUCUAUGAAGUGGGUGUUUUUCGAGGCGACGAGAGCGAAGUCUACGAGUCGGGUUCAAGGAGUUGCUUGUCACCGCAUUCCAACAGUUCAGAGCAAAGGCUAUCAAACUGCUGCAAUGGGCAGUUUGACUGA